AUUAUGAGGUUGAACGACGCCGUUGCGGGGAUUGUGGGUUUACAUGGCGGCGCCCAGUGGAGCCGUGUUAAAUUGUGCCCUACUGACUUUAUUCUGACUAACAUGAAAUUGUAGGAUGACGUACAUGAACUAGACAUGUGGAAUCAAGUUCGUAAACUGCAAAAGAACAGGACAGUGAAAUAUGGGAUCCCGAUGCUGCUGCUGGUUGUGGGAGGGUCGUUUGGACUGAGAGAAUUCACUCAGAUUAGAUAUGAUGCGCAGAAGAUAAAAAAGAAGAUGGACCCUGCACUGGAAGCCCGGGUGAAUACUAAAAAACAGUCGUCUAUCCUUCAGGAAGAAUAUGAGAAAUUGCAGGAUUUGAACUUAGAUGAGUGGAAGAACAUUCGUGGCCCACGUCCCUGGGAGGAUUCGAAGGAGUACCAGGAGCAGCAGCGAGCUCGGCUCAAUAAAGGCACAUAGAACUUUAAAACAUUAAACUCCCCCUGCUGGUCCAAAGAUGUAAGACACUCAUAAAACCAGUAUGGUUUACAGUGGUUGUCACUGUAUAAUAAAUCACCACUGUCAUAUGUUCUUAAAUCUAGACCAGGAACUACCAGUUUGGAUUCUACUGCCAUAUGGAAUGCCACUUUGAUGUCUUUUUUUGCAAAUAUGUGGCCUAAUAUACUUUUAUGAAUGUGUGGCUGGAUAUGUGUAUAGCAUUAUUUCUUUGUCCAGUGUCCAAAGUGAUCCCACUUUUUUACGGCAUCAGUAAGGUUGCCAUUACCACACCAGUUCGUAUUCACUGUAAUGCAUAACUCAAGCCCCAGUACUGUAUUUGAGUGAAUAAAACCCCUUCAAUGGUACAAACAGAACCAAUGGUGCCUGUGCACAAGGUGGGUGAAUGCUACAGUCUAAAGGCAGUAGGCAUGGAUGACCUUCUGUACACCUAUGGUGGAUCAGCCUGCUGCUCACUGUACACCUCAUUUCAGCAAGCAUGAAGCUUGAACGUUAUUCUCUUCUCUGCAACAAUCUUCAGAAGGUUCAGGUCCUGUUUUUUUAAUGAGCUUAUUCAGGCUGUUGGUUUCUAGCAGUGUCUCUUGGGGUUCUUGAGUGAGUG